CUUCCCAUCAUAUUCUCGUAUAUAAUGCCCUAAAGUCUGCCCACAAAACAUACACAUAACCGCACACACAAUUUCUAUCUCUAGAACCUGUGAUCACCAAAAUCAGUACUGUUUUCUGUUCUCUCUCUAGACUUUUUGUGAAAUUUUUUGUGGCUUUUUAUUUUUUUUCUUUUGUUAAAGGUUUGAUUCCAUCGAAUAAAUUAUUGACACACACACCAAGAGUUAUACAGUACUGGUGCUUACACAAACUCCACACCUGUCAGUGUCUUUUUCUUGAUCUUUUUGAGUAGAAAUAAUCUGUUUGAUGAUAUGGAUCUGAAAGAAGAGAAGAAACCAGAAUCAAAGGAGAAAAACCCUUCAACCCAGAUUAAAACUUGUAGUUCAUGCCACACUACAAAAACUCCCCUUUGGAGAGGUGGCCCAUCCGGCCCUAAGUCAUUGUGUAAUGCUUGUGGGAUAAAGUACAAUAAGAAGAGAAGGCAGCUUCUGGGACUGGAAACUGCACGAACCGGAAAGAAAAAGAAAAGGAACAGCACCGAUAAAAGUAAUGAAAUUAGAGAGAUUUUGAAGAUGCGAUAUAGGGCAUUUGGAAGUGAUGUGAUGUUGCAGAGAUCAAGAAAACUGAUGAGCAAAUUGAGAGAAGAAGAGCAAGCGGCUAUAUUGUUGAUGAGUCUCUCCUGUGGCUCUGUCUCCGCUUAGUGCAGUUAGAAUAGAAAUCGUUGUUUAUGAUGGCACAAUUUUCUAGCAAUUGGGAAAUCUGAAAGCCAUAGGCAAAUUUACCCUGCCUACCCCUUUCCUCCCCUCCGGUUAUGUCCUUUUAGUUUCCUACUAAUUGAUUAUGUUAACCCUACUUUUAUUUUUCUCAGAUGAUUUAUGUAUGAUUUUAGAUUAUAAGUAUUUGAGGAGUAAUGACUAACAAUGAUUGUUUAA